GGCUCAUUUCGCUUCCCGACUGCCAUGGAGCGGCUGACGCUGCCCCCCGGCGGCGCGGCGGCGGUGGACGAGUACCUGCAGUACCGGAGAUUCUGUGUGUGUUACUGUGUCUUCAGAGAGAAGGAUGUCCUUUCCCUGCAGAUACAGGGAGGCCACCUCUGGAAUUAAAGUUGUAUACCUAUGUCCGGGAAGAAGAACUCAGAGGAGAAUUGUUGGUGAGGAUGAUGGAGGGAAACUUUUUACUCCUGAAGAAUAUGAAGAAUACAAAAGAAAAGUUUUACCUAUGCGCUUACAGAACAGGUUAUUUGUGAGCUGGCGGUCCCCAACAGGGAUGGAUUGCAAGCUUGUUGGCCCAGAGACACUGUGUUUUUGUACACAUAGGUAUAAACAACAUAAAACUGAUUUUGAAACAAUUCCACAGCAGCGCCCCAUUGCCCUGCCUUGCCGCGUGAGUGGCUGCCCGUGCAGGGCUUACCAUUACGUCCCUCUGAAUGGUACCCAGCCCAUUCGCUGCAGGUGCAAACACUUUGCGGACCAGCAUAGUGCUGCGCCUGGCUUUGCAUGUAACACAUGUUCCAAGUGUUCAGGAUUCCAUAGCUGCUUCACUUGUGCUUGUGGCCAGCCUGCAUAUGCGCAUGACACAGUGGUGGAAACAAAGCAAGAAAGAUUGGCUCAGGGAAAGCCAGUGGGACAGGAUGUUCCUUAUGCAGCGAUGGGAGGAUUAACUGGUUUCAGCUCCCUGGCAGAGGGCUACAUGCGACUGGAUGACAGUGGCAUCGGUGCACCUUCAGCUGAAGUUUUAAACUCUCCAGCUACGCCCAUGGACCAUCCAUUCCUAAAAGCAUUUCAAGCAUCAUCUACUUCUCCAGAAACAUUAACAGAUGCAGGUACAAGUAGCCAAGUUUCUUCCUUAAAGAGACCAGAAGAGGAUGAUAUGACUUUCUUUGAAAGACGAUACCAGGAAAGGAUAAAAAUGGAAAAGGCUGCUAAGCACAAAGGAAAAGCCCCAUUGCCAUCAACUACAAAACCUUCAUGAAGUCUGGACAAUUAAAGCCAUCAUCCAAAUAUAUCUUUUUCAUGCUUAGUUCAAUAUAAUAAUAGAGUUUAUUUUCUCUGUUACUGUUUAAAAUGUGUAAAUACCUAUUUUGGGAUGUUUUCUUAAUUUAUUGAAAUAAGUGAAAUUACCUUGUAUUACUUUUGACAAAAUUCAUGGUUUACCACUUUGUAUGUACAUUUUGCUCUUUCUUAUCAAGUGAUGUUAUUUUAUGAGUCAAGCUUUGAAAGUAUUUCAAAUAUUUUUAGCCUAUCAUAAUUUAAAUGUUUUCAGGUUAUUUAAAAAUAUUGAAGAUGUGGAAACCAAAACACACAUGCUCCCCCUUCCAUCAGAAUUGGCUAGGCAUGGAGCCCCAGUGAUGCAAUUGGUUAGUGCGCAGUUCUUACACAGAAUUGGGGGCUGGGGAUAUAGCUCAGUGGCAUAAGCACACACCUGGCAAGUGCAAGGUCCCGAGUUUGAUUCCCAGUAACCCCCAAAAAAUGCUUAUUUCAGAAUUGGCUAGGCAGUUCUGAGAUAUAUUUCAUAAACUUCCUCAGAAAAUCAUAUGAGAUUGAGCACUAAUCAUCCAUUGCAGAGGGCAACUCAGCAAUACAGUCAAUUAUAUUAGCUUUCUCUGUUUUACUCCUGCAUCCUUACUUCUGGUUCGCUCAGAUCACUUCCCAAAUGAAUUACCUCUAUGUGAACAUUUGUGGUAGGCUUUUCCCUUAAGUGCAGGGAAAACUUGGGCUAAGAUGGUUGGUACCAAGAGUAGCCUUGUGAAGGAUUGGCUUCUGUGACUGGAUCACUUACAGCAAUGGAUUUGGAUGAAAUGUGAGUGGAAGCUGGAGUGUUAGAUUAUGCAGUAGCUGUGUUAUUGGAGUAGAAUGGGACUAAUGGGAAUUUUAAAGACUGGCUAGUGACAGUUAACUGCUUUGGAAACAUUGUAAAAAGAAAAUGAUGUAGGCUUAUAUUAACCACUUAACGCCAGGUAUGCUUUGAAAACCAUAGUCCCUCAAUAACAUGGUUUAAGGAAAAAUUUCAUCUCUGAAAGAUACAGAGCGGAUUGUGCCGAUGAUCAGAUCUAAAUUUAGUAGUAAAGGUAGCAAAGCUGCAAAGGAAACUGAAAACACAGCUUCAGUAGUCACCCCCAACAAAGUCAGCAUGCUGACAGAAAAAGAAUGGAACUCUCAAUAAUAGGAUGGGGACAUUUGUGUUGGUGAGCCUGAGACUCUUUAACCCUUAGCUUUUCCUGAGGGCUACCAGCACUAUACAAAGUGUAUAGCACUAUACAGUUUGGUAGGGGAGAGCAGCCAGCCUUGGCCUUGGCAUCUUGCAGAGGCUUUAUCUGAGACAGUUGCUUCUCAGAGUGACACUUGUCCUCCUCAAGACCCACUCCUACGUCUUCUCAUUGACUUCAAAUUUUUACUAGGUUCAGAUCUCAGUAUACUCCAAGGGGGAAAUACAGCCCUUCCUCUAGGAGGGAAGAUUACAUUCUGAGUGGACUGCAGAUUAUGGUCAAAGUGUACUGCCUAGAACCCAAGAAAUAUGUCUGGGAAUAGCUCUUGAGGGUGUUGGAUCAACAAGUAGGGUGAGGGAAGAAUACAAAGCUUGAUAGGAGAGAGUGAUGUGUGAGCAUGUACUCAUGAUACAUGAUGUGAUGCUCUGGCAGAGAUGUCUGGAGCUGGUCCUAGCAGACUGCAAGGAUGGUGUAUUGGAGAUAUGGUGGAUGUGCCAGAAAUUAUUUGGCGUGUUAUUGAGGAAUGGUUCUGAAAGCUCAGGGAAGUGAGAAUGUUAGAAUGGAUUUGUUGUUUGAAACUGGAGGAUGUAGCACCAGAAUUUUCCCUGAAGAGACCCAGGUGAUGCUCGUAACUAAGGCAGUCUGACAUAUAAUUGUUGAGAGUAUCCUACAAACUGUGAGAAGUUGGCAUUGACAACACAAUGGAUACAAGGUGUUGCCAUUAUACUGGGUUCUGUGGUAUCAAUGUACAUAGAUUGGGAUGCAGAAAGCUUGACGGACAAAUUGUGGAACUUAACUGUCAGAGUCCCAUAACUAACUCACUAGGCCCCAAAGCAUGAGUUGGGAUAAAUUUAAGUUCAUAAUGUUCCAAAGUGCAAGAUAGAAGGACAGCUGACUAAGAUAUUUGAGUUGUGUAACUGCUUUCACCUCGCCUCUCAGAUAAACCUGAGAACUGGCAGGCAGAAGGCCGACAUGGUGAACCAGGUAAUUUCCACCUGGUUUCCAGAUCCAAGGCAGUUCAGAUCUAUAGCUCAAAAUGGAAGGGACAGCCCUGAUUCUUUCAGGAAUAUCCCAGAUAAAUUUGGUAAGUAUCCCUUGACCCUUUCUUACAGGGGCAGUCAUUUGUCAUCACGUAUCAGGGUAACUAUGUGGGGGAUUAAGAGAAAUACUCAGAAUUUUCAGCCACAGGUACCAAGUCUUCAAUGACACAGAUUCCAAAAGAUCAAAAGUACCAUUGUGGUCCACUGGUUAGAGUAAAGUGUGUGUGUGUGUGUGUGUGUGUGUGUGUGUGUGUGUGUGAGAUUUGUUUUGUUUUGUUUUAGCCAAAGCUGUUGCUAUAUUGCCCAGGUUAGUUUUGAACUUCAGGACUUAAUCCUCCCACCUCAGCCUCCUAACGGUAGUUGAUGGGGCUGCCAGUAUACACCAUCAUGCCAGAUUCAUAUGAGAUUUUAUGGAAAUCCAGUGACACAUUGAGUCCUGGCCAGUCUAGCUCACAGUGGGUAAAAUAGGUCUGACUCUACUUUGUUUAUUUCUGCAGUCUCUAUACUUAUAAUCAGAGUAGAUAUAUAGUAGUUUGAAGCUCAUAGAACCCUUGGACCUAUACUCAUAGCCUUUGCUUCUCAGAUAUAGCAGGACAGUGUUAUUGACCUGGGCUCUCUCUUGACUGAUAGAUCACAUAGUAUGAAGUCAGUAAGGAAUAGAAGUUUUGAACAACAUUAUUAAUCAACUUGAUCUAAUUGGUAUUUAUAGAGCACUCAAGCCAAUAAUAGGAUAUAUAUAUAUAGAAUAUAUAUAUAGAAUAUAUAUAUAUUAGUAGAAAUGGAGUGUUUAGUAAUACUGAUCACAUAGAUCAUAAGAUAAAGCUCAGUGUUUUUAGGAUGAUUCAGAUCAUAAAGUAUGUCCUCUGACCACAAAAUCAAAUUAGAAACCAAAAUAAAGAUAUCUGGAAAAUCUCCAAAUA